UCUACGGAAGAAAAAGUAAACAAACUUUUAAUUAAUUAAUCUAAUAGACAUCUGUUUUGACAGGUAUGGCUGAGUACAAGCGCGGCGAGUGCACGCGUACUGAGCGCGCGGUGCCGUGCUCUCACUCCACAAUCCACGUCGCGACGCGGAGCAAUUCAGUCUCGCUCGCGCGUCCGACCGGGUCGGAUUCAAUGUUGUGUACAUCAGCUGCAUGUGAUCGAUAGCGAGGACUGACUUGCGUUACCACCUUCCUCGAUUUCCGUGACGAUUCAUUUCGGCACCGCCGUCAUCACCGUCGUCGUCGCGGUGCAGCAGAUCGAUCUCGGUCGUCGUCGCCGAGAUGACGUCGUGUCAUCGUCAUCUCCACUGAACCAUCAUUCGGGAGUCGAUGAAGCGACCUCGGCCUCAAGAUGAUGCAGGAGAUUCCCGGUGCCCCUGCCGAUGAUCAUCGCGCCUCCACCGCGGUGCUGCUCAACACCUUUGUCAUAAAGAAGAAGCGGUGCCGCGUGUACUUCCAUCGCGGCACACUCAUCUGGGAGACUGAGCGACCGCCUUACACCAGAUGGACGCUACCUAUGACGGACGUUUUGGCCGUGCGCUACGGCGACGACUGGAUACCGAGUGCGAGCGUGCAGGAGAAGCAACCGACGCAGCCAACCUCGCCCACCACAGUGUGCCCGACGAAUUUCAUCCUACAUUACGCCGUGCGCGGACCCAAGAACAAAUGGAGGCAUCACAGUGUGACCAUGAGUCACACGGACCCCAGGCAGGUCGCCUCGUGGGUGAAGACCAUCCGAAAUUAUCUUCUAGGCUUGACACAUCGGCCGCGCAAGGUGAUGCUGUUCAUCAAUCCCAUAGGCGGUAAGAAGCAAGGCGUAAAAAUCUGGGAGAAGGACGUGCAACCGCUUAUGACUAUCGCUGGUAUCGAGACGAAGAUGAUGGUUACCGAGAGGGCCGGCCACAUUCGCGAUACUCUGCUCACGGCCGACUUGAGUGACCUACAUGCGGUGCUGUGCAUCGGCGGCGACGGUACUUUCGCCGAGGUGUUCAACGGCCUAGUUCUGCGAGCUGCAAAGGAUCAGCAGAUCGAUCCCAAUGACCCGGACGCCCGGCUACCCAACCCCGCCCUACCUGUUGGCGUUAUACCCAGCGGUAGCACCGACACGGUGGCCUACAGCCUGCACGGCACCACGGACGUGCAAACCGCCGCCAUACACAUCAUCUUCGGCGACUCAAUCGGCCUCGACAUCUCAUCUGUUCACAAUAACCGCAACCUACUCAGGCUGUACGCCAGCGUGCUCAGUUACGGCUAUCUGGGUGACGUAAUCCGCGAUAGUGAAAAAUUCCGCUGGAUGGGACCCCAUAGAUACGAUUGGUCCGGAUUUAAAAAAAUAAUUGCAAACAAAGGCUACGAGGGUGAGAUUGAGUUGCUAUCAGACCCGUGUCAUCCAGCAGAUAGCACUAGAUGCCUGAAGAACUGCUCGCGAUGUCUACAGCAUAUGCACAACAGCGUUCCCGACGAGGAAAUUGCCAUUCGCGCAGGGUGGAAGACAGUCAGAGGAAAGUUCUUCAUGGUGAAUGGCGCCAACGUAUCGUGUGCGUGCUCCAGAAGUCCCAUGGGUUUCAGCCCUCACUGUCACAUAGGCGACGGUUGCGUGGACGUGAUUCUAAUUCGACACACGUCCCUUAUAAAUAACGUCAGAUUGCUGCUCAGGUUGUCCAGCAAAAAUAAGACUCUGUACGAUUUACCGUUUGUCGAGGUUUAUCGAGCGAGAGAAUUCACAUUCCGCGCCCUGCCGACGCUGCACGAGAGCGAGCUUACUAAUGUGGUCCGGUCAGGUUCCCAGCUCAGUGUGUGGAACUGUGACGGCGAGGUGAUCGAAAAUACCAACGUGAAAAUCAGGGUACACUGCCAACUAUUGAAGGUCUACACGAGACGAGCUCAGGAACCAGUUCGCGAACGGACCUGCUUGAGUUACUCCGCGUGAACGAACCAAACGAGGUCGUCAAACGGUCUUCAGCCUCAAGGUCGCGGUUCCUUCCCCCGCGACACUCUCGAAGACGUAAAGUUCCUUUGUCUUGCCCUACUAUUCAUCUUCGCGAUAUUCUACGGCAUAAUAUAUCACGUUGCUCUGAAAAUUUGUCCGUUUCUUUUCUGCAUUAAUGGAAAAGCGGACAAACUUUUCGAUCAAUAUGAUAUUUUAUUCAACGCGGAAAAAACAAUUUUAGUGCGCUUCAGUUGAAAAGCAACACGCGAGCCUACGUCACGUCGGUUUACGCUGCCGCACAAUUUUGUGUAUGCAGGAAUUAUUUAUAGUAGUUUUAUUGUUCCAUUCGAUACGACUGUUCAGCGAUUUCUCACGUACUUUCCGAGAACACUGAACAUUCCACCUGCCAGCGCGGCGUGAACCGCGGUGACGCGCGAAUCCAAUUUUAUAUAUAUAUGUGGCGGAGAAAUCGAAGACGCUUCCUAAUGCAAAACAUCGCGCGACACACCUGCUUGAUCUUAAAAGGAUGUGAAUAUCUUUCUCCGAUUUUGACGGACUUGGAAUAUGUCGUAAAAUAGCUAGAAAUAAGAGAGAUGUAUUUUUUUCAUAUGUGUACUUUUAGCUACUAUACAAAUAUUCAAAACCGAUCAAAAUCAGAUAAGAACACGUGCGACCUUGCCUUUGUUAAUUGCGCCUGAGCUCAAGCAGAUUUCAGUUGAGAUUACCGUCCCUCGCGCUUUUCGAUUUCGCGCUAAUCGCGUGUAUGAUAUUUUAUAUUUAUUUAAAAGAUAGAGAUCGACGGCACCGAUGAUAAUUAUUGUGAUCGCAUUAUUAAGCGUUUUCAAUCAACGAUCUUUUUUCGGUGCUAUUUUAUUGAUAAUGUGCCUCGAUAAAAAUCACGUGAUUCAUUUGGUAUUUUCAAUUUUUUGUUUGAUACUUCGCUUUUCUAUCGUAAAUGAAUUAAAAGAUAAAUCAUUGAAUAAUUAAAUAAAUGAAACCUUUUUGUAAAGUUAGUUUUGCAGUGGAACGAUAUUUUUUAUAUGCAGUGCUUGCUUGUUUAAUAUCGAUCCAGAGACUGCAUUUAUUAUGGUCUCGCGAUGUAAAGAAAUGGCAAUUGUACUUUUGCAUUUUGUACUUAAAACGUUUUUAUUAACGAUGCCUACACAGCAAACUUAAAAAGUGAUAAGUGUGAUAACUAUUGUUACUUAAAUUCAUUGUAUUCGUUAUUGAUUGCAAAUCCAUUCCCUAACAAUAAAUUCGCAAUCAACAGCGAACGUAAGUUUGCUGUAAUAAAUUUAAGUAACAAUUAACGUUAUAUCGUGAUGAAAUUUAAAUAUGGCUCAUAAAAUCGCUUGAUACUUUAAAUUGUAAGCUUUUUUACACUUCUGGCACAACUAUUUUCGUGUAAAGACAAUCAGGGUGCAAGGAUGGUGUUUGAAUCAAAUUUUGAAAUUUAGAGUCUUAAGUUAAGUCGACGCGUUAUCAGUGAUUAGCUUUUUCCUAGCAGUAUUCGUCUUCAUUCGUGAAAGCAUUUAAAUAAAGUAUUUGUAUAUUAAUUGUAGUAAUUGUAAUGGUGGCGUAAAAUGCAAUUAUUUAUGAAUAGGCC